AUGAAUAGCGGAUACCAAAGACACUUGUUGCGAGAGGGUCCCUUUCUGAUUGCCGAUUACCUCGCCCAAAACUCCAGCAAGUCCGCUGCAGUGUUCCGAAGAUACGACAAGCUCGCAAUUUAUCGGCUCAUUACGCUGAGCAGAGAACUAAGAACCUUUGAAAAACGACAUGAUCGCGAGGAGUUGGGUGGAAAGGUUCUUGAAUAUUACAAACUUUUGGCCGCUUAUAGUAAGGUGCUGCAUCUCGAGGCCCCCGCAGACCGGACAGUCGAGGCAAUUGAUCGGUUCAUCUCCACCGAUAAAUUCCACGACCACGAAAAGCCCUGGCUGGGUCAUCAGCUGAAGUAUCGAAUGGAGGGGGAUGAAAACAGAAUGACGUUCACCGACCUUGUCAGCCUGUACACGCCUGCGGAAAACGAUUACCUGUCAAGAUUUGUCGACAAAUUUCUAUACCCCCUCUUCUUGACCCCCGGGUCAAGCAAAGAAGCGAAGUACGUCAACGAACAAAAGAUGCAGAAAUUCGUUACUUUCGUGGGCACGAUCAUCUCAAUUGGCUUCCUUGUAUCUGCGAUGUGGGUCCUAUGGCGACUAGAUGACCACAUGGUAGCCAAAUUGGGGACGGUCACUGGCUUUGUUGUGGCUUUCGCAGGAUGGCUAGGCUUCCUGACAACGGCGCAAAGGAAAGACGUCAUCGCAGCAACGGCGGCAUAUGCAGCUGUACUGGUUGUGUUCGUCAGUCAACAGAGCCCGACGGCGGUUGUGGCGCAAGGCACUGGUGCUGCGGUGACGCAAAGCUGA